AUGGAGCCUGAGGACUGGCAGUCGCGGUGGGACGAACGCACCAGCCGUUAUCCACCCUCUCCUCCACGCAGUGUGCACCUGCGAGAAGGUUCUGAGGAUCGAAGGAGGGAUCUUCACGAUGUCCGUGAUGUGCGCGACUUUCGCAGUCGGGGUGCUCGCCGGCGAGGCGACCGUAGCCGGGAUAGCCGCGACAGCCGCGGCCGAAGCGACAGGAUGGAGCAUGCUCGCCAGCGUUCUGACAGUCCAGAUUACGCAGGACGUGUGCGACGACGCAUCUCCGGCACAGGUCGGCGAUCCAGACCCCGGCGCUGGCAAGGCGAGCCGCCGAGUGCAGAUGAAGGACGCGGGAGAGUUGAGCCAAGCGCCGGUCCGUACGCGGCAGCUAAGCCGCCGCGCCGGGUGCGCACCUUCGAUCUAGAGCCGCCGCGGGAGGCACACGUGACGGCCAUCGCUGCCUCGGCUUGCGCUACCUCGGCUUGUGCGACCGCAACGGCUGUUACAACAGCAACGUGGGCAACUACUGCCACGUCAACUGUCACAGCCAUGGCUCAGACGAUGUGUGCGACCACGACUGCUGCUGCCACGGUUCCAUCAGGUCCGACGCUUGUGCUGGACCAGCUGGUGGAUGAGGCCGCGUCGCUGCGGAAGACCGCGGUGGCGGAGGUGAUGGUCUUCUGCUUAGAGCAGGCCGCCCACGCCAAGGAGCUGGCGAAUCAGCUGGCUGCGCGGUGCGUGGCCUUGCACUACACGCCCUUGGGCCGCCUUGAAUUGGCGUGCAUCUUCUGCAUUUCAGACAUUUUGCAGAACUUGAGCUACUCCCAUCGCUGCCCCGGCGCCACCGCAUACCGCUCAGCCUUUGAGGAGCUGCUUCCGAGCGUGUUCCAUCGGAUGUACUGCGGCCUGGUGGCGCUUGGAGAGGCCACUGGGGAGAGGAGCUUCACGGAGAUGAAGCUGCGGCGCGUCCUCAAGGCAUGGCGAGAUGCGGAGGUCUAUCCCAAGAUCUACCUGGACGGUCUGGAGGCGGCGGGCUUUGCUGGAGCGCUUCAGACGGAAGCGAUGGCCCAGCCUCUGAGCAAGGAGACCCGGAUGAAGCUGGAAGUCUAUGCAGCAUUGGACCCACUCGCGCUGGAGAGAAGAUGUCGGAAUAGAGGGCUGUGGUCGGUGAGCUGGAACCAGAUCCCACCGUCCAAGUCUAUGUUACUGCAAAGGCUGAGGGUCUUCGAGGACUACUGGUCCGUGCGAUCAAAGAGCUCCGGCGCAGCUCAGCCGGCCUUGCCACAAGUACAAGAUGAUCUUGAUGGGACUCCAGUCGAAGCGAGUCAGCGGGCGCCCAGGAUGGAGCCAACGAGACGCGGACCUAUGGCGACCGCGUGGUCCUUGGCCUCCACGCCGGUGCCAGCGGCCAGUGUAGACGAAGACCUGGAUGGCGAGCCAAUAGGCGUGCUGGAGCUCCAGCAAUGGCGCGCGGCCAAAGCAGCCGCGGCGAUGUCGGCAUGGAGCGAGCAAAGCUUCCCUCCUCCUGCGGCAAUGUUCCCGGUGCCAGCGGACUUCGACGCGGCGGCGAUCGAUGCGUUGCUGUCAGCUAGCCAGGAACCCGAGCCCCAGCCAGCUCUUCUUGCUGUUGCCCAAAGCAGUGCUGGGGCACCGCGCCAGGAUGGUGUCGAUCCAUAUCCUGAGGACCUCAUCUCCCGCAGGGGCCGCGAGCGGAGAAGGCGCAGCGCCAGCCGUGAGAGAGGCCAGUCACGCAAGCGGCGAAGAAGAGGGGAACGACGGCCGGUGGAUCCUAGCGUGGCAGCGGCCAAGGCCGCGGCCUCGGCGGCCUCGGCGGCCUCGGCGGCCAGGGCGGCGGCCAGCGCGGCGGCGUUCCUGUCCGCCAGGUCCAGAGCAGCUGCUCCCGCUCCGGCAGCCCCGACAGCACGUCUACAGGCGAGCAAAAGCCCCGAACCCGAUGCCGAGCUGGAUGGAGAGCCUCUUACCGAUGAGGACCUUUAG